AUGUUGCCAUACAUCAAUGCGCCCUUCGAAUAUAUUGGCAGCUCACUCGGGACGUCAGCAGACGAGCUCAAGCUUGUGUUCUCGUUCUACCUCUCGUAUCCGUUGGCUGGAGUUCUCAAGCGGAUACCAGACAAAUCGCCAUGGCAGAAGAACGCUUUCAUCAUAGCUGUUGCAAUGUUUUACCUAGUGGGCCUGUUUGACCUGUGGGAUGGUCUUCGAACCAUCGUGAUCAGCGCUGCCGGCGCCUAUGUGAUCGCAUCCAGGAUAGACUCCCCAUUCAUGCCAUGGAUUGGAUUCGUCUUCCUGAUGGGACACAUGUCUAUAAAUCACAUCUACCGCCAAUAUGUCAACAACGCAUCAGCAGUCGACAUCUCUGGUGCACAGAUGGUCCUCGUCAUGAAACUUACAGCUUUCUGCUGGAAUGUACAAGACGGGCGUCUUCAAGAUUCAGAGCUGUCGGACUUCCAGAAAGAGCACGCUGUUAGGACUAUUCCUAACAUCCUCGACUACGCUGGCUACGUACUUUUCUUUCCUGGUUUCAUGGCUGGUCCUGCAUUCGAUUACUGCGAUUACAGCCAGUACAUCACAACUACCAUGUUCGCGUUACCUCCAGGCACGGACCCUUCUAAGGCGCCACCCACAAGGAAAAAGCGCAGGAUCCCUCGCAGUGGCCGUCCAGCUGCCAUCAAAGCGGUUUAUGGCACACUUUGGAUCGUUGCAUUUCUCAAGUUCUCUGGUUGGUAUUAUCCCUCCUUCUUCCUCAGCGACGAGUAUAUGAAGUACGGCUUCUUGCGCAGAGUCUGGCAGCUGUACAUGCUUGGUCUUACUACUCGUAUGAAGUACUACGGCGUUUGGAGUCUUUCUGAGGGCGCUUGUAUUCUUUCUGGUAUCGGAUACAACGGUCUUGAUGCGAAGACUGGACGCGCGAAAUGGGACCGCCUCACAAACAUUCGACCCAUUGCCAUCGAGACAGCUCAGAACACACGCGCAUUCCUAGGCGAAUGGAACAUCAACACCAAUCUGUGGUUGCGGAACUACAUGUACCUUCGUGUGACGCCUAAGGGACAGAAGCCCGGCUUCGGCGCUACACUGGCCACGUUCGUCACCAGCGCCUUCUGGCAUGGUUUCUACCCAGGCUACUACAUGGCCUUUAUUCUGGCUGCUCUCCUUCAAGCUGCUGCAAAGAAUGGCCGACGCAUGGUGCGCCCUCUCUUUCUUGCCGCAGACGGUAAAACGGACCUGUCAACUAAGGUCUACUAUGACGUUUUUACGUUCCUUCUUACACAACUGGCUUUCUCUUUCACUGUCGCCCCGUUCAUCCUGCUUGGAUUCUCCGAUACGCUGAAGGUUUGGGCACGGGUUUAUUUCUACACACUCAUCGGCGUCGCCGGCUGCUUUGGCCUGUUCUCUCGUUCUCUGCCCUUCCGCAAGCAGCUUCAACAGCGCCAGUCUGUACGGACAACGCCAACAUCUGCCGUUGAUCUUGACGUGUCCAACAUUGAGCAGAUUGCAAAGGAAGAGAUCAAAAAGGACAAUCUCACAAGGACGAACUCAAUGGCCAGCACCAGCACCAGCACCAGCAGGAGGGCGCCUACGUUAGGCAUUGCAGACGACCCAGAAGCGGAGCUCGAUGCCAUCGUGGCCCAAGUCAAGCGAGAGAUAACAGACCGCAAGCGGCGAGGAAGCGCACUUCAGGGUUUUGAUGUCAAGAAGGCAAUCCAGGAGAAGAUUAAAGACUUCAAAAGUAGCUAA